AUGUUCAAGGCAUACAAGAACCUCACCCCAAAGACCCGCCUGGGCUUCGGGGUCGCGGUCCUGGCCUGGGGCGGCGCGGGACUCUACUUCUCCGACCGGGCCGAAGAAAAGUACCAGCCCACGCCCGAGGAGAAGGCCGUCGUCGACAAGUACGUCCCCAAGGUCACCGUCGUCGAUAGGUCCGAAUGA